CCCGCCACCCCCCAUGGCUCCCCUGGCCUUGGUGGGGGUCGCACUCCUCCUGGGGGUGCCCCCUGGCUUGGGGGCGGCCACCCCGACCCCCUCCCCACCGCCUCCCCUGGCCAAUGACAGUGAUGCUAGCAUGGGGAGCUGCCAGGGCUCCAACCGCUGUCAGCCGGGGGUCCUGCUGCCUGUGUGGGAGCCCGACGACCCAUCUCUGGGUGACAAGGUGGCGCGGGCUGUGGUCUACUUUGUGGCCAUGGUCUACAUGUUCCUGGGCGUGUCCAUCAUCGCUGACCGCUUCAUGGCCUCCAUCGAGGUCAUCACGUCCAAGGAGAAGGAGAUCACUAUCACCAAGGCCAAUGGUGAGACAAGUGUGGGCACCGUCCGCAUCUGGAACGAGACUGUGUCCAACCUCACGCUCAUGGCUCUGGGUUCCUCGGCCCCCGAGAUCUUGCUGUCUGUCAUCGAGGUCUGCGGUCACAACUUCCAGGCGGGCGAACUGGGCCCAGGCACCAUCGUGGGCAGUGCUGCCUUCAACAUGUUUGUAGUCAUUGCCGUGUGUAUCUAUGUUAUCCCGGCUGGGGAGAGCCGCAAGAUCAAGCACCUGAGAGUCUUCUUCGUCACUGCCUCCUGGAGCAUCUUCGCCUAUGUCUGGCUUUAUCUCAUCCUUGCUGUCUUUUCCCCAGGCGUGGUGCAGGUGUGGGAGGCGCUGCUGACCCUGGUCUUCUUCCCGGUGUGCGUGGUGUUCGCCUGGAUGGCUGACAAGCGGCUGCUCUUCUACAAGUACGUGUACAAGCGCUACCGCACCGACCCGCGCAGUGGCAUCAUUAUUGGCGCCGAGGGAGACCCCCCGAAGAGCAUCGAGCUGGAUGGCACGUUCGUGGGCGCAGCCGAGGGGCCGGGGGCCGAGCUGGGUGGCCUGGGCCUGGGCCCGGGCCCGGGCCCGGCUGAGGCGCGCGAGCUGGACGCCAGCCGCCGCGAGGUCAUCCAGAUCCUUAAGGACCUCAAGCAGAAGCACCCGGAGAAGGACCUGGAGCAGCUGGUGGGCAUCGCCAACUACUACGCGCUGUUGCACCAGCAGAAGAGCCGCGCCUUCUACCGCAUCCAGGCCACCCGGCUGAUGACCGGCGCAGGCAACGUACUGCGCAGACAUGCGGCGGAUGCGUCGCGCAGGGCCAUCCCGGCCGAGGGCCCUGGAGAGGACGAGGACGACGGUGCCAGCCGCAUCUUCUUCGAGCCCAGCCUCUACCACUGCCUGGAGAACUGCGGCUCGGUGCUGCUCUCCGUCACCUGCCAGGGCGGUGAAGGCAACAGCACCUUCUACGUGGACUACCGUACCGAGGAUGGCUCGGCCAAGGCCGGCUCCGACUAUGAGUACAGCGAGGGUACGCUGGUGUUCAAGCCGGGGGAGACCCUGAAGGAGCUGCGCAUCGGCAUCAUCGACGACGACAUUUUUGAGGAGGACGAGCACUUCUUCGUGCGGCUGCUGAACCUGCGUGUGGGCGACGCGCAAGGCAUGUUCGAGCCCGACGGCGGCGGGCGGCCCAAGGGGCGGCUGGUGGCGCCGCUGCUGGCCACCGUCACCAUCCUGGACGACGACCACGCGGGCAUCUUCUCCUUCCAGGACCGCCUGUUGCACGUGAGCGAGUGCAUGGGCACCGUGGACGUGCGCGUGGUGCGCAGCUCAGGCGCGCGCGGCACAGUGCGCCUGCCCUACCGCACAGUGGACGGCACGGCGCGAGGUGGCGGCGUGCACUACGAGGACGCGUGCGGGGAGCUCGAGUUCGGCGACGAUGAAACCAUGAAAACUCUUCAGGUGAAGAUAGUGGAUGACGAGGAAUAUGAGAAAAAGGAUAAUUUCUUCAUUGAGCUGGGCCAGCCCCAGGUUUCCUCUAUGGCAACAGGAAGUGAGGGACUCGCAAGCCCGGGGAGGAGUCUCUGGAGUCUAACUGCUGUGCCUCAUGCUGCAGGGGAUGGAGACAGGAAGCUGACGGCUGAGGAGGAGGAGGCGCGGAGGAUAGCAGAGAUGGGCAAGCCGGUUCUUGGGGAAAAUUGUCGGCUAGAGGUCAUAAUCGAGGAGUCGUAUGAUUUUAAGAACACGGUGGAUAAACUCAUCAAGAAGACGAACUUGGCUUUGGUGAUUGGAACUCACUCGUGGAGGGAGCAGUUUUUAGAGGCAAUUACGGUGAGCGCAGGGGACGAGGAGGAGGAGGAAGACGGGUCCCGAGAGGAGCGGCUGCCGUCCUGCUUUGACUACGUGAUGCACUUCCUGACGGUGUUCUGGAAGGUGCUGUUUGCCUGCGUGCCUCCGACCGAGUACUGCCAUGGCUGGGCCUGCUUUGGUGUCUGCAUCCUGGUCAUUGGCCUGCUCACUGCCCUCAUUGGGGACCUCGCCUCCCACUUUGGCUGCACUGUUGGCCUCAAGGACUCUGUCAACGCUGUUGUCUUCGUGGCCCUGGGCACCUCCAUUCCUGACACAUUCGCCAGCAAGGUGGCGGCGCUGCAGGACCAGUGCGCGGACGCGUCAAUCGGCAAUGUGACCGGCUCCAACGCGGUGAACGUGUUCCUGGGCCUGGGCGUGGCCUGGUCGGUGGCCGCCGUGUACUGGGCGGCGCAGGGCCGCUCCUUCGAGGUGCGCACGGGCACGCUGGCCUUCUCCGUCACUCUUUUCACAGUCUUCGCCUUCGUGGGCAUCGCCGUACUGCUGUACCGCCGCCGGCCGCACAUCGGCGGCGAGCUGGGUGGCCCCCGCGGCCCCAAGCUCGCCACCACCGCGCUCUUCCUAGGCCUCUGGUUGCUCUAUAUCCUCUUCGCUAGCCUCGAGGCCUACUGCCACAUCAGGGGCUUCUAGGACCCCCGGGCUCGGCCCCUCCCCGGAGACUUUCCCCAAGCGGACUUGGCUGCACCUGCUCUGGACCAGCCUCUCGUUCCUCCGGAGACUCGGCCUCCUCUCCUGGGACGCGGCCGCCUUCCUCCCCAAAGACUCGGCCUCUUCUGCACGGACACUCAGCCCCCUUCUCCUGAGAGUCACUCUCCUCUCCCAAAGAUUCAGUCUCUUUCACGUGAGGUUUAAUCUCCCUUAUCCUUCUCCGAGUGGGAGCCCUGGUGGCGCAGUGGUUACGCGCUAUGGCUGCUAACCAAAAGGUCGGCAAUUCCACGCUAUAGGUUGGAAUCUAUUCGAUGGCAACGGGUUUGGUUUUUGUUUUAUCCUUCUCCAGGAGCCCUGGUGGGGCAAACAGUUAAAGUACGCUGGUACUAACCGAACGGUUGGCAGUACAAAUGCAGCUAGUAGCACCACAGAAGAAAGGCCUGGCGAUCUGCUUCUGUAAAGAUUGCAGCCAAGAAAACCCUAUGGAGCAGUUCUAUUCUGUAACACAUGGGGUCGUCAUUAGUUGGAAUUGACUCAACAGCAACUAACAACAAUCUUUCUCCCUCAAAAGUGCCUGGGUGGUGCAGACAGCAUUCGCUGCCAACCAAAAGGCUGGUGUUUUGAAUUCACCCAUUGGCACCUCGGAACCUACUUCUGGAAGAUCACAGCCAUUGAAAACCCCGUGGACUGUAGUUCUACUCUGACACACAUGGGGUCGCCAUGAGUCGGAAUCAACUCUAGGGGCAACUGGUUUGGGUUUUUUUUUAUUUAUCCUUCUCCCCCAGGACCCCAGGCUCCCCGCCUGCCCCUUAAGAGCCUCUCCAGUUCCUUUUCAGAGGUGAGCACCUCUGCAGUGACUUCGAACUCUAAACUACCAUCUCCAAGUCCCUCCCCAGAGAACACCCUCCCCCUCUCCCCGCCCAUUACACAUCCUCUAUCUAGAGAACCUUCCGCUCUCUUCCCGGACACCCAGGCUUGCUCCAGCCCAUAAGCCCCAC